UAUAUAUAUGUUACUCAUGAGCAAGCCUUGAGGCCCAAGGGGAGUGUAAAUUAGUUUCAACAUGAGGCAAAAGGAACAAAGUCCGCCACCUUCUCCUUCCACUCGACUUCGUCACCGCAAACAUACCAAGUCACAAGAGGUAUUCCCAGAUGUAAGCAAAUUGAAUGGAGGCAGCAACUUACUUGUCGAUGAUCAAAAUAAAUAUAGAUCCAUGUGGGUGCGGACGUUAUCAUCUUUAUGGAUGCUCGGGGGAGUUAUACUGAUUUUAUAUUUAGGCCAUCUGUAUAUUUGUGCUAUGGUGGUCAUUAUACAAAUAUUAAUGGCAGCCGAGCUAUUUCAUUUACGUAGAAUAGUUCAUGAAAGUAAGCGGCUUCCGGGAUUCUGGCUUAUCAAUUGGUAUUUUUUCUUUACAGCGAUGCUUUAUGUGUAUGGUCGAAUUCUCCGUCAACAUCUCGUCAAUACUGUUACUUCAGAUAAAUUCUUCUAUAAACUCGUGAACAGCCUUUUCAAGUAUCACAUGGUUAUUUGUUAUUUCCUCUACAUUGCAGGAGUGAUGUGGUUCAUUCUUACACUAAAGAAGAGAAUGUACAAGUAUCAAUUUGGACAGUAUGCAUGGACACACAUGAUUCUUAUAGUGGUCUUCACACAGUCUUCCUUCACCGUUGCUAAUAUAUUCGAAGGAAUUUUCUGGUUUAUUCAUCCGGCUUCUCUUAUAGCAAUCAACGACGUAGCAGCUUACUUUUUCGGCUUCUUCUUUGGGAGGACGCCUUUAAUCAAGCUAUCCCCAAAGAAAACUUGGGAGGGCUUCAUCGGAGGAUCUUUUGCUACUGUACUGUUUGCUUUUAUGCUUGCAAAUAUUUUGGGACAGUUCCGGUGGAUGACAUGCCCAAGAAAGGAUCUAUCCACAGGUUGGCUUCAUUGUGAUCCUGGCCCACUUUUCAAACUCGAGUAUUAUCCAUUUCCUAAUAAUAUUGCCCAAUUGUUACCUUGGAAGGGAAUGUGGAUCUCGCCAGUGCAGUGGCACGCUUUAUGGCUAGGUUUAUUCGCAUCAAUUAUUGCACCAUUUGGAGGCUUCUUUGCGAGUGGCUUAAAGAGAGCUUUUAAGAUCAAGGAUUUUGGUGACAGUAUACCCGGGCAUGGCGGCUUUACAGAUCGGAUGGAUUGCCAGAUGGUGAUGGCCAUUUUUGCGUACAUAUAUUUUCAAUCAUUUGUCCUCGCUCCAGGAAGCUCGGUAGAGAUGAUAUUGGAUCAGAUAGAAAGAAGCUUGAGCCAUGAAGAGCAACAAAAACUGUAUGCAAUGCUUGGUCAAAUAUUCCAAGACCAGAAAUAUGGCUAUCUUUGAAGAAGCAAGAUAUAGCUACACUUCCUGUGGUAAUGGAGUCGUCGGUGCGAUCAUUUUUCGGAAAGGAGAAAGGGGGGCCAAACUGGUUGGUACCUUUAUUCAUUACGUUAUGAGUAGGGACAAACUCAAAGCAUAUGCAAAAAUUUUCAUUAGUUUCUUGCAAAUAUGGAUUCAAAGAAGGUAGCAUAGUGACCUCUUCUCCCUCAUUCGAAUUUGGAUUCUCAACUUGUUUCACACCCAA